GAGAAGCUACGCAAUGGCAUCGAACGGAGAGAGUUCAGUAAGACGGACAGCUGGGAUUGAUACGAUACGAUACGAUGCGAUGCGAUACGAUAUUAUACUGAAAUAGCACGCCAGAAGAUUUCAGAAUCUCACCGCAGAGGAUUAAGGAUUUCUCAAUCGGGCAUUUCUUCAUGGUUCGAAAAUUGUAAAAUUAGAAUAAAAGAGAAAACUGAGGGCUGAUCGGGAACAGGGGCUGAAACGGAGACAGAUAGACAUUGCGGAUUAUAAAAGCUCGAGGCCACUCGGAAGCAGGGGAGGUCUAUGUUUCUGCCACUUCGAGAAAAAUUUAAAAUUAGAGGAUCUGCCCGGAGACUUUUGUUCCCUUUCUUCUUCUUCUUUUCUUUAAUUUUUUUUUUUUGGAGAAGUAAGAUUUUGUUUCCUUUAUUGAGUUUGAUUCAAUCUGAGUAUGGCAAAGAGCGGCGUGUUUUCGUGGCGGAAGGGGUCGGAGAAGAUGGAGGGUUUUGAUCUCUCUCCGGCGGAUUCUGAAGCUCAUGUUCUAGCUGUUGAUGACAGCCUCGUCGAUCGAAAGGUCAUCGAGCGAUUGCUCAAAAUCUCUGCCUUUAAAGUGACGGCGGUGGACAGUGGGCGGAGAGCUCUGCAAUUCCUUGGGUUGGAUGAGGAAGAGAGCUCUGUUGGUUUUGAUGGCUUGAAGGUUGAUCUCAUCAUCACCGAUUACUGUAUGCCUGAAAUGACAGGAUACGAUUUGCUCAAGAAGAUCAAGGGCUCAUCUACCUUCAGGGAGAUUCCAGUUGUGAUAAUGUCAUCGGAAAAUGUUCUGGCACGGAUCGACAGGUGUUUGGAGGAAGGUGCAGAGGAUUUCAUAGUUAAACCAGUGAAGCUGUCGGACGUUGAGCGAUUGAAGGAUUACAUGAUGAAAGAAGAUAGAGUGGGGACUGAAGAUGGAGUCAUCAACAAGAGGAAGUCUCGAGAGCCCUCCGAUCUCUCAUCAUCACAGCCGUCCAUCUCAAUAUCCUCAUCACCAACACCAUCUCCAAGACCAUCCCAAUCUCUGUCACCAUCAGCCCCAUCCUCACCCACUUCAUCCCUUGAUUCUCUUACUAGACGGCCUAAAAUGACCCAACAAUGAUUCACAUUGCUCGUCUGUGUCUCUGUUUUUGGAUUUAAAGGCAUGCAGUCUACGCAAUUAACCUGUUGCUCUUGAGACUGUUUUUGUUGCCCAUCUCCGUUAGUCUUUUUUAUUUAUUUCUAAUUAUAAUUCAUUAAGAAGAUCUAUAAAUUUUUUUAAAGUACCCA